GGAUCCAAAUGAAACAAAAAUAAAAUCCAAACUCACAAACAAAAUGGCAAAAUAUUCAUCUUCAUCCCUAACUUUGCUCCUCUCAAUUUUCUUCUGUAUUUUCUCUGCAUUACAUACUAAUGUAGCAGAAUCAAGAAGACCAUCAUUGCCGAUCUCUUAUCUGAUUACCAAGCAGCUUUUCGAUUCGAUUUUUCUACACAAGGAUAAUAACGCGUGCCCUGCGAAAAACUUUUAUACUUACGACUCGUUUAUUCAGGCGUCGAAACAUUUCCGGGGAUUUGGAAAUUCGGGCAGUUUGGUUACGAGGAAGCGAGAAAUUGCGGCAUUUCUUGCGCAGAUAUCUCACGAGACUACCGGCGGAUGGGCUACGGCUCCCGACGGACCAUAUGCAUGGGGUUUGUGUUUCUUAGAGGAAGUGAGUCCUCAGAGUGAUUAUUGUGACAAGACUAAUACUCAAUGGCCUUGUUUUCCUGGAAAAUCUUAUAAAGGACGAGGUCCCAUUCAAUUAUCUUGGAACUACAACUAUGGAGCAGCAGGCAAGGCCUUGGGGUUUGAUGGGUUGAAAACCCCAGAAAUUGUAGCUAACAGUUCCAUAAUUGCAUUCAAAACAGCAAUUUGGUUUUGGAUGACUGAGCAGAAGCCUAAGCCAUCUUGCCACGAUGUAAUGAUAGGAAAAUAUGUGCCCACAAAAGCUGACUUGGCAGCUAACAGAACCGCUGGAUAUGGAUUGGUGACUAACAUAAUCAACGGCGGACUUGAGUGUGGAAUUGCUAAUGAUAAUAGAGUUAGUGAUCGUGUUGGAUAUUAUCAGAGAUAUGCUAAGUUGUUUAAUGUUCCUAUUGGGUCUAAUUUAGAUUGUCAGAAUCAGAAGCCUUUUAAUUAGGUUAAUAUUUUAUGAUCUCUAGCUAGUUUUUGUUGUACAACAAAUAAUUGAGCAUUUGCUGCUCCUUCUUAAUGGAAUUUUGUGUUUGUUUCGAUUUAA